GAAAAAUGAAAGUAUUUUUUGAAGAUUCUUAGAGAAAGCCAUUAGUUUGUAGAGGAUGUGCAGGAAGAACAUUAGGUUAUGAAAGAGCAUGUUGUCAAGAAAAUGAAUUCCUAAAUGUCCUAAAAUAAAAUUAUAUUGAUGGAACCUGUGUCUCUUAUUUCAGAGAAAUUUUAGGAAUGUCAUAAGGAUGUGAAAACUUUUGUGAGGAUCAUGGCUGCCUAUAUGAAUUUAUUUUAACACCUUAAAAUAUUUAUGAAGAGCAUACAAACCAUAAAAAAUAAUUUUCAUUAAAGUAUUAAACUUUAGCAUGCAAAAAGUGUUUAGAAGCUUUAUAAAAAAAUUAACAACUAAAUUAAUUUCAUAUUGAUUUAUUAAAUGAUGAGUAUUUUAGUCUAAAUAAAUUUGGAAAUGAUAAGAAAAUAAUUGAGAAUGAAGUGAAAGAAGUAUUUGAAAAAAUGGAGAAAGCACUUAAAGAAAUUCCUCUUGAGUAGAAAUAAAAUGAAGUGGAGAUUAGAAGAAAAAUUAUUGAAGUCGAUUAAAAUUAAAAAUAAAAUUAAUAAAAUAUUUAAGUUUAAGAAUAGGAUAAAUAAACCAAAAGAAAAUAAAUAGAAUAGUUAGAAUAAAGUAAAUAUUAUUUAUAUAUAAAGUGAAAAGAGCAUAAGAAGUUAGAAUUCAGGCAAUUGCUUCUUAAGAUGGAUUUCAUGAUUAUCUACAUGAUGAUUAUUUAGAAGGAGAAAGUGUACGAUUAAUGAUUAUUGGAGAAGAAAACUAACCUGAAAAGGGAUAUUCAAUAACUAAUUGCUACAAAAUGUUUGAUGAUAUAUAAUUUCUAUGAGAAAUUUAUUGAUCAUUUAAAUAUUAGAG